AAAUCCUCUGCUCCCAGCAGCAGCAAGAGAACACAAGCGACGAAUUCCCCGGCCCCCCAUUUCCCCGUCCGAUUCCCCGGAGACCGAUCGGCGAGGACCAUGGGUUCUGUCGCGGCUGAGGAGUUCCCGGCGCCGGUGCCGACCCCGGCGGCGGCGGAGACGGUGUUCCGGUCGAAGCUUCCCGACAUCGAGAUCCCGGCCCACCUGACCCUGCAGGCCUACUGCUUCGAGCGGCUCGCCGAGGUCUCCGCCCGCCCGUGCCUCAUCGACGCGCAGAGCGGCGCCGUCCACACCUACGGCGAGGUGGACGCGCUCUCGCGGCGGGCCGCGGCAGGGCUGCGGCGGCGGCUGGGCGUGGGCAAGGGCGACGUGGUCAUGCUCCUCCUCCGCAACUGCGCCGAGUUCGCCUUCGUCUUCCUCGGCGCCGCGCGGCUCGGCGCCGCCGCCACCACGGCAAACCCCUUCUGCACGCCCCACGAGAUCCACCGCCAGGCGAGCGCGGCGGGGGCCAAGGUGAUCGUCACCGAGCCCUGCGCCGCAGAGAAGGUCCGCGCGUUCGCCGCCGAGCGCGGGGUCGCCGUGGUCGUCGUCGUUGAGGGAGACGGCGCGGCGCCUGACGGCUGCCUCGAGUUCAAGGACGCGAUUCUGGGGGAGGAUUGCGGCGCCGGCGAGGAAGAGGAGGAGGAGGAGGCGGUGGUGGACCCCGACGACGUGGUGGCGCUGCCGUACUCCUCCGGCACCACGGGGCUCCCCAAGGGCGUCAUGCUCACGCACCGCAGCCUCGUCACCAGCGUCGCGCAGCAGGUGGACGGGGAGAACCCGAACCUUUACUUCAGGAAGGAGGACGUGGUGCUGUGCCUGCUGCCGCUGUUCCACAUCUACUCGCUCAACUCGGUGCUGCUGGCGGGGCUCCGGGCCGGGUGCGCCAUCGUGGUGAUGCGCAAGUUCGACCACGGCGCGCUGGCGGCGGCGGUGCGCGCGCACGGGGUCACCGUGGCGCCCUUCGUGCCGCCCAUCGUCGUCGAGAUCACCAAGAGCGACCGCGUCACCGCCGGCGACCUGGCCUCCAUCCGCAUGGUCAUGUCCGGGGCCGCGCCCAUGGGCAAGGACCUCCAGGACUCCUUCAUGGCCAAGCUCCCCAACGCCGUCCUCGGACAGGGGUAUGGGAUGACCGAGGCAGGGCCCGUGCUGGCCAUGUGCCUGGCCUUCGCCAAGGAGCCGUUCGAGGUCAAGUCCGGCUCCUGCGGCACCGUCGUCAGGAACGCGGAGCUCAAGAUCGUCGACCCCGACACCGGCGCGUCCCUUGGCCGGAACCAGCCGGGGGAGAUCUGCAUCCGCGGCCAACAGAUCAUGAAAGGUUAUCUAAAUGAUCCAGAAGCCACAAAGAACACCAUUGACAAGGACAGUUGGCUGCAUACUGGAGACAUUGGUUAUGUUGAUGAUGACGAGGAGAUCUUCAUUGUCGACAGGCUCAAGGAGAUUAUCAAAUAUAAGGGAUUCCAAGUACCUCCAGCGGAACUUGAAGCCCUUCUGAUUACACAUCCUGAAAUCAAGGAUGCUGCUGUCGUAUCGAUGCAAGACGAACUUGCGGGUGAAGUUCCAGUUGCAUUCGUUGUGCGAACGCAAGGUUCUGAGAUCAGCGAGAACGAUAUCAAGCAGUUCGUUGCAAAAGAGGUUGUUUUCUACAAGAGGAUCCAUAAAGUUUUCUUUGCGGAUUCGAUUCCGAAGAGUCCUUCCGGCAAGAUCCUCAGGAAGGACCUGAGAGCCAAACUUGCAGCUGGCAUCCCAAGCGAUGACAACACACAAUCCAAAAGCUAAGUCCGAUACUGUUUCACCUCUGUGUCCAAAAUCAUGUAAUGUUCCUAAUGAAAUGGCAACAAACAUUUACAUAUAUACAAAAGGGCUGCCACACCGGUCGAUUCUUUUAGAUGGCUAAGCUAUAAUUUUGUUUGUUUGUCCGUGUCCUGUAUAGAUGCGCCUUUCCCCAACAACAAAGGGGCUGAUUAUAAUGUAUACCGUGAGCUGGAUCAAAAUCAUUUUGUUCAUCGAGAUCCAUCGUGUUGUGAUUUGAGUGGCAGUUCUUCCUGGUUAAAAACAGUUCUUGUGACUUGCGAACCGAAAAAAAUAAAUUCACGGGAAUUGGUUUA